GCCGCGGCCAUGAGCUACGACCGGGCCAUUACCGUCUUCUCCCCGGACGGGCAUCUCUUCCAAGUCGAGUACGCCCAGGAGGCCGUGAAGAAAGGCUCCACCGCGGUCGGAGUACGAGGAAAAAACAUUGUGGUCCUGGGCGUGGAGAAGAAAUCCGUGGCAAAACUUCAGGAUGAAAGAACCGUCCGAAAGAUCUGUGCCCUCGAUGACAACGUCUGCAUGGCUUUUGCAGGACUCACAGCAGAUGCCAGGAUAGUUAUCAAUAGAGCUAGGGUGGAAUGUCAAAGCCAUAGACUCACAGUGGAGGAUCCUGUCACGGUGGAAUACAUUACACGUUAUAUUGCUAGCCUGAAGCAGCGGUAUACCCAGAGCAACGGCCGCAGACCUUUCGGUAUUUCUGCUCUGAUUGUGGGAUUUGAUUUCGACGGAACUCCAAGGCUCUAUCAGACGGAUCCCUCUGGUACCUACCAUGCUUGGAAGGCUAAUGCCAUUGGCAGAGGAGCGAAGUCAGUGCGUGAAUUUUUGGAGAAAAAUUACACCGAUGAAGCAAUUGAAACAGAUGAUCUGACCAUUAAGCUUGUUAUCAAAGCCCUUCUGGAAGUUGUACAGUCUGGUGGGAAAAAUAUUGAGCUAGCUGUUAUGAGAAGAAACCAGCCUCUCAAGAUCUUGAUCCCUGAAGAGAUUGAAAAAUAUGUUGCUGAAAUCGAAAAGGAAAAGGAGGAAAAUGAGAAGAAGAAACAGAAGAAAACAUCGUGAUGAAUGAAUUCCUAUCCC